AUGAGUGAUCGUCUCAUUCUGGGUUCCAACUGUACCUACCUGUUCAUUGGUUAUCCAUCUGAGAGGGGCGCAGACGACUGGAGCCGCUACGACUAUGAUUACUUCCAGUCUGAGCUGGCUGCUGCUGAGGGCAUCCACCUGGGUGAGUCCAGCGCUGGUUCUAGUCAGACUGACCCCAGUCUGCUCGCUGUCUUCUAUGACUACAUUAAACUGAUGCCCAUGGUGGCAGAGGUCAACCAGAUGAGCCAGGAACUGAAUAAGGGGGUGGACUUUAAGCUGGAGAUCAAGAACCUGGCGCUGUCAGAUCCAAAAGGCCACGACUUGGAGAAGGACAUUGUUGUCAGAGUCACUUCUAAAGGAAGCAAACAGGUAUGGGUGUGGUCCAAGACCAAGUUUGUUAACCGCAAGUUUCUAAUGGAGGAAGUCUACCAGCAUCAUCAGGCUGAGCAGAGCGGAGACGACGUAUGUUAACUGAAGAACAUGGCUUGUAUUUUUAGAGAAUGUAGUGGUCAGUAGAAAUGCGUGUAGUAAAAUGAACUUUUGUUGUUGCUGUUCUUAAUCCUGAACAUUUACAGCAAAAAUUAUCAACACAGUCCAGAAACCGUGAACACCACCUCUGAGGAAAUACAUCCAGACAUCUGAGAAGCCAACACAACUGGCUAUGUUUUAAAUUUAGCCCAUUAAUGCUUGAAAUGCAGUGUUUAUAUGGCAAGAAAAUAUAUAAAAACAUUGAAAUAUAUUAGAGGGGCAGUGGAGGAGACUCACAA